AUGCCCAUCACCCAGGAGAAUGCCUUGAACAUUCUGCCCCUGCUGGAGGCUACAGAGAGCAGCAAUGGUGAGGACAGCGCUCCCAUGUGCCGGGCUGCUGUCCGCAAGCUGGCGGAGUACAUUCAGCUGAACUUCGGGGAAGAGGAGAGGGGCACACCGGCUGUACAUCCUGUCCAGGAGGGCAUGGAUGCAGAGGUGUGCACCGUUUGCCUCCGCAAAGCCCAGGGGGAUGAUGAGGAGCUCGGCCUCAGCUUUGGGAACAUCCCCAUCUUUGGGGACCCGGAGGGUCGGAAGAAAGGGGGCCGCAGGAGACGCAGGAAGGGGGACAAGGGGCCUGUGCUUGAUGUGGGCUGCAUCUGGGUGACGGAGGUGAAAAAGAAGAGUCCUGCCGCCCGCUGUGGGGAGAUCAAACUGCGGGAUGAGCUCCUGUCGCUCAACGGACAGCUGAUGGUGGGUGUGGAUGUCACUGGAGCCAGCUAUUUGGCAGAGCAGUGCUGGAACGGCGGAUGCAUCUACCUAACCAUGCUGCGGCGCAUCAAGCGGAAAGCCCCUCUUCCCCCAUGCAACAGUGGGCGGGGUGUUGGCGGUGAGGAUGCGGUGGCCAGCGCGGGUGGAAAUCGUGGCGAUGUUCCCUCUGAGCCAGUGGGUGGAGCUGAGCUGAAUGGCAAGCGGACACGCAAAUUCGGAGUGAUCUCCCGCCCGUCGCUAAAACACGAUAGCGAAGAGAGCACCAACCAGGAGUCAGAGAUCAACCACGGCUCGUCGCUAGACCCAGGGCCCGCCUCUCGGGCCGGAACACCUACGAAGGAGGGGUCAGUCAGAAUGUCUUUGGGGGAGGGUCCUGUGACCGCCCCGCCUAGGGCAGCCCAGGUGCUCUACAGGGGCUCUUCUGCUACCCUACCUUCACACUCCCGUCAUCGUCUUUCUGACACCUGCAAGACUGAGUCUCUGGACUGUGAGAUUUCCAGUCAGCCCAGGGAAGGCAGCCGAAUUUGGAAGAUGCACAUGGUCAAAGGGCCGGAAGGCCUGGGAAUCCAGAUCACGGGAGGCCGAGGGUCCAAGCGCUCCCCGCAUGGCAUUGUCGUGGCUCACGUGGAGAUGGGGGGUGCUGCUCAGAGGGAUGGCAGGCUGAAGGCUGGUGAUGAGCUACUCAUGAUCAAUGGGCAGUCUCUGGUGGGCCUCGCUCACCAUGAAGCUGUGGCCAUCCUGCGCUCCUCCACUGGGCUGGUGCAGCUCGUCGUGGCCAGCAGGGAGGAAUCUGCAGUUGACUUCCAAAAAUACCCCUCGACGAGCCUACCGGACCUGGUGAGCACUUGCUCGGCUAAUGACAACUCCCCUUUGGACAACAAGGAGAACAUGCUGCUGGAUGCCGAAGAUAUCUCUGCUAGCUGCCUCUCCCUGCCAUCGCAGGACUCGUUCACGGAGCUGGACAAACUGGAGGAGCGGGGGAGGGUGGAUGGACCGAAGGGAAGCUGUCGCAGCCCGACGUCCAUGAAGUUCCGGAGUCGAUCCCAAGGCGGAGGCAGUCGAUUGGAGUCGGUUGGGGAGGACGAUGAGCUGAUUGUGGAGAACGGGGACACGGCCAGUGAAGCGGUCGAGAAGCCGGCGUGCGGUGGCCGCAAGCACUCGCUCCCCCAGCAGCUGGACACAGCGGGCAUCCGCCAGGAAUAUCAAAUUGUGAAGAAAUGGGCACGUUCCCUGAGCACCGUUCAAGUGGAGUCUCCAUGGAGAUUGGCCCAGCCAUCCAUUAUCUCCAACAUUGUUCUGAUGAAAGGACAAGGAAAGGGCCUCGGCUUCAGCAUCGUAGGUGGACAGGACUCUGCUCGUGGGAGAAUGGGCAUCUUUGUGAAAACCAUCUUCUCAAACGGAGCGGCAGCGGGCGAUGGAAGGCUCAAAGAGGGAGACGAGAUUUUGGAAGUGAAUGGGGAAUCCCUGCAGGGCCUCACUCACCAGCAAGCCAUCCAGACUUUCAAGCAACUGAAAAAAGGUGUGGUCACCCUGACAGUGCGUACACGGUUGCGCAGUCCCAGCCUCACGCCCUGUGCCACGCCCACCCUGCUUAGCCGCUCCAGCUCACCCAAUUCCAAUGCCAGCGGUGGGACCCCAGUACCCCUGGGCUCUGAGGAUGGAGAUGUAGCCUGCCGUAAGGGCCCUGGACCCAAGGAUCGGAUAAUAAUGGAGGUCACGCUCAACAAAGAGCCAGGGGUGGGCCUCGGUAUCGGGGCCUGCUGCCUCACUCUGGAGAACAGUGCCCCAGGGAUCUACAUCCACAGUCUGGCUCCGGGCUCUGUGGCCAAGAUGGACGGCAGACUCAGUCGUGGCGACCAGGUGCUGGAGGUAGACUCGGUGAGCCUGCGUCACGCAGCUCUUAGUGAAGCCUAUGCCAUCUUGAGCGAAUGCGGACCUGGUCCAGUCAGCCUCAUCAUCAGUCGGCACCCCAACCCAAAGGUUUCAGAGCAGGAGAUGGAUGAGGCCAUCACCCGCACCACACAGAGAGAGAGCCUGAACAAGGACAGCCACUCCCAUGUGCUAGGACUCCCGUCCAAGAGUCCCUCUGCUACUGUGAAAUCUAGGCAGGCGGAGGGUUCAAUGCCUCUCAGCUGGACCAUGAAGCGGUUCCUGGAGCCUGGCAGCAGGCAGGGUUCCUUGAGCUCAGAAGCAGAGCUCUCCCAGUACUUCUCCCACGAUGUCCCCAGCCAGUCGUCCCUGUCAGAAACCAUGGUGACAGAGUCCAGUGACGACAACCUAAACUAUCAGCGGAGCAACGCCUCAUUAGACGAGGCUGGCGCUGCGGGUCAUGGCUCAGGCGUCAAGGAUUCCCCACGUGCGAGUAUUGACAGUGGUGCCACAUGCCCGGAGGAGAGCGUGAGCCCUUCGGGCCCUCUGCAUCAGCAUGUGGGGGUUUCUCACCAAACCAGCCUGAACGGCAGCACUGGCUCGGUUCGCAGCCCUCUGCUGCGCCAGCGGCGGAUCGUCUGCUACGGAGAUGAGGCCAGUGAGGAGGAGGAGGAGGACCUGCGAGUUGCUGAGGAACAAAAGCUGCUCUGCAAGGGGCGGCUGGAGUCUGGAGUUGAGCGCAGGAGACUUGCUGGCAACGGUUGUCGGACGGUGGACGGAGUUUCCUCUGAGGAGGCAGAGGAGGAGUGUGAAGGCAAGUGCCUUAGCAGCAGCGUCCCCUCUACUGGCCAAGAGGCCGGUUCUGAACUCAGUGCUCGGCCCCCAGGGGGGGAGUCGCCGUUCAUGCCCAUUCUCUGCCCGGAGCAUGAGAGUAUGAAUCUCGCCGUUAAGACGGACCACCAUCGCGAGGCGCAGCUGGAGUCCAAACGGUCCCCCAAACUGGAACACAAGGCUGUGACGCGGGUGAAGAGCAUGAUGAGCAUUGAGUGCCCCAACAUGCUGCACCGCCCCAAAAGGGAGGAGCCUGCCUCAAGCCACACCCAGACUGUGCUCAGACCCCGCCCACCCCCUCAUGGCAAGAAGGAGGAAUUAAGUGAGCUGCCAGUGAUUUGCGCCACAAAGAUGGUGCUCCUGCAGAGGAACGAGGAAGAAUCCUUUGGCCUUGACUUGGAGAUCAAGUCCUCGCCCCUGAGGGUUCUGAUUACAGGGCUUCGGCCGGGAGGGGCAGCAGAAAGAGAAUCCAGGGGAAAGCUCUGUGUUGGAGAUGAGAUAGUGGCGAUAGGAGAUAACCUACUGUGUACUUUGUCAUAUCAAGACAUCUGCGACCUCUUGCACAACCUUCCAGUAACUCUCAGUUUGGAAAUUAAGAAGCCAGUUUCAGCUGUAGACCAACUGUCUUGCCUGAUGAUGUCAGCGAGUAGUGAUGGACCAGCUCAGACAGAUUCCUGCAGAACCACUAAAGACAGAAAUGCUACAAGGAAGGAAGGUGUACACGUGGAGUGCACCACCCUAAAAUCAGAGUCACCGAAGAACCUGUCACAAGAUUGUGUACCUAAAAAUCAUACAGAUAAAGUGCCAGUCACUGACACUGAUGACUUUUUAACCGAAUUGAACUCUACUGGAAAAUCUCUUGAAGAUGCACACGCGGAAGCUGCUGUUGGUAUAAACAGUGAUAGGACUCCUUCCAACAAAGCAGACGACAACAACCUGAAAGAAAACACAGAAAAGUCUGCUUUGUCCACACAAGCAAAUAGUUUGGAUUUCUCGAUUUUGGAUCCAGAAAACAAAACAAAGCCUGUACCUGUUGAAACUGUGGGCAGCGCCCUCAUGAAAAAAACACAGUCCCUUGAAGUGUGCCAAGGACAACAGAGGCUGCCUUGCGUGAACCAAAGACUCCCAGCUCAUGCCCAUGAUGCAUCGAAUGCAAAAGCCAACGAGAGCGUCUCUGCAGAUGGCAAAGCUGAGCAGCCCUGCUCAACCGUAGCCAACCAGUUCUGUUGCUUGACACAGAGUGCAGGUUUGCCACAGGCAGCAGCGCCUGUCAAACUACAUCAAGGCAUUUCAAGGGUGGAUGAGUGUUCUCCUGUACCAGCUAAUGUUCAGGCCAUCCCAGUGACAAUGGCAGGAACAGUGCCUCAAGCAACUGAAUUGCUUACUUCAAAUAAGCACGCUAAUUCACAGCCGUCCCAGUUGAUUUCAGCAGAGUCCAAAUUUCUUUCUAACCUCGGUAAAUCCAGUGCCAGAGUGCUGUUGACGACAACGCCAAAAGACAAGCAGCGAGAGAAAGAGCAGGCUUCUCUUGAAUUCAGGAGGACUUCGUCAGAAGCACAGAAUAAUUCAAAUGAUCACAUUUCCCGGAACUCGGGGACAAAAUCUCAAAGCGAUCCCUUUACUUCGAACCAGUUCAACAGCAGACGUAGACUUCAUGGCAAAGUACACAGAACAAGCUCAGCCCCAAAUCUCAAGGACUUUAGAAAUAAAAAUAAGAUGCAAAACCAGACUGGCUUCAAACCCUCUGGGGCUGGGAGUCCUGUUCAGAAACAGCUCCCAGAUUGCCCUGUACUUACCCCGAAGCAGGCACACAGAGUGCCGUAUAGCUCAAAAACAAACAAACCACUGGAGAAAAGCAUUACGACGUCACCGAAAAUACCUGGCCGCAACGCAGACAACGCCUUGCUCAAUCGGAAAAACUGCUGUAUGGAUUCAGUGAAGUCAGAGGUGAGUCAUUUAAAAGGCGGAUUAUUUUCCAGUAAGUAUAAGGAGCCCUUGGGCGAGAAAAGAAAGGUGGAAUUUUUUCAAAAGGAAGACGUUGCUCACGUGGCCCUGAAGACAAAAGAACAGCCUGAAAGUGUUUCCACACAGAGGACUUUCAUGGAGGUACGACUCUCCUCACCGUCAUCAUCUCUGCCCUCAUCAUUAGUUUCAACACCUGUUUUGGGAAGGAAGGUGACUUCUGAAAAAACUAUAAAUGCAACAACUUCAACACCCCCAAUGACAAAGCCUCCUGUUCGCAAGGCAUUGAGCCGAAUUGCAGAGGCACAGGUGCCCAGCUCUGUAACUGAACAGUUUCAGGAAGACUCACUGGAUUCCCUACCUAAUGGAGAACAUCGUUGCGCUAUCACAAACCAAGGGUCCGCUGGAUCAGUUGGAACACCCUAUUUAAACAAAAGCAAGGCUAACAAUGUUUUCAGCAACAAACUUAAGAGUGAUGGGAGUUUCAGUGCUGAUAAGUUCACUUUGAGUCCAAUGAGAUCUGAGAGAUGCACUUACUCCACAGAUACCAGUGUCCCCUCAAGGUCUAAACCCUUUUCUGUCCAACAGAGAAUCAAGUCCUUUGAAAACCUUUCUUACUACGACAGGUCGGUAACUAAGAAUAUCGACAUCCAGCCUUUUGCACUCUCAUGGAAACCUCCGCUGACCAAGAGGGCGUCUGGUCAUGUUGGUUCAGCAGGUUCUCAUUCCACUGAUGCUCAUUCUUUAAGAAGGAGCUUGAGUUCCUGUGCUAAUAAUUUGAGUGAAUCUCCAACAGCCUCUGUCCACCUAGAGAAAUCCUCAUGUACAACAGACCUCACAGAUUUCAGUCUGCCCAGCAAAGAGCGGGAAGCUGCUGGUGUUUUGUUUGACCUGCAGCGAGACAGUUCUCAACAAACCCCUUCUGUGAUGCGAAGCAGAAACCCCCAAAGCCAUGCUGGCCUGUCCUACUCCAGGCUUCGAGAGCUGCGGGCGCUGAGCAUGCCGAACCUAGACAAACUUUGCACAGAUGGCUGUAUUGGUGAUGUCGAAAUUGUCAACAAACUUGGGGGCCACAAUAAGAUGAUGAUGGAGAUUUUGCCUGAGGAUAUUCACUGUGACGUGGACCCUAAGAAGGAAUUGUUCGUUCAGAAUACAGCCCAAAAGGGGCAGUGUCCGGGCAGCUGGUCCAUCAGUUUGAGGCAUCUGACUAAUUCCCCCCUGGAACAGAAAAAACUGGAGAGAGUUCUGACCCUCUUCACAGAAAACACAGACAUUUCAUCCCUAAUUCAGGAAGCCAAGUCUCUAGCAGAGGAUAAAGAAGACAUUUACUUUGUGGUUCUGACUAAAGAAGAAGGAUCUGGUCUGGGCUUUAGUGUUGCUGGAGGAACUGACUUGGAGCAGAAAUCAAUAACUGUUCACCGAGUAUUCUCCAGAGGGCCAGCUGGUGUGGAAGGCACCGUUCAACGGGGCGACAGAAUCUUGGCUAUCGAUGCCACUUCUCUCAGAGGAAUGACCCAUGGCGAAGCCCUGUCCUGCCUCCACAAAGCACGGCUCCCAAGACAAGCUCUGGUUAUCAUCGGCAGGGCAGACAGGAGUCCCGUGCGUUGUGGACCCCUUAUCCCUGAUUUGGAAGGAAGACAAACCCAAUGUUCCAGAGACAAGAUUCUGGAAACGGGAUCAGAUGGAGCUGUGAAUGUGGAGCUUCAUAAGACCUCUGCAGGCCUGGGCUUCAGCUUGGAUGGGGGCAAGACUUCCGCUCAGGGGGACAGGCCUCUCAACAUCAAACACAUUUUCAAAGGUGGAGCUGCGGAACUUUCCAGAGUCAUCAAUGUCGGUGAUGAGGUUUUGGCAAUUAACGGGAGGUCUCUUCGGGGACUCAUGCACUCUGAUGCCUGGAACAUUAUCACAGCGGUUUCACAAGGGCCAGUGCAGCUGGUAAUAAGAAAACCAAGAACUUCUGUAUGACAAAGGCUGCUCUGUGUAUUUACUAGUUUUAAAUGAAACGUAAUCUUGCUUUUACUGGAAACAUCGGAUCUCAUGCGAUCUGUACACAAGAUGACACAAGGACUGUCAUUUCUAAACUUUAUACACUG